AUGUUGCGCUCUUCUCUGUUGCUCUUUUGCUCGUUCCGCUCGGUCCAUCGUCGCGUCCAUCAAUCCUCGAUCUGGCAUCUGCUCACCAUUUUCCUCCUCCACCCACGCAUCCAACCCGGUCAAACAUCCUCACCUUCUCCCUUCAUCCCCUCAUCCAUCCCCCACUCGACUCCAUCGCAUCGCAUCGCACCGCAUUUCACCGCGUUGUGUGCCCUACUGCAUCGCUCUGCACCGCACCACCGUCGUCUUUCCACGAUCAUCUGCGCUGGAGCCGUGCGCCACCCAUUCCGAGGCCUUUCAUCCUACUCGAGCGCCACUCCGGCAUCUCGUUUGCUGCUUCGCAUCGCCUCGCCUCGCUCUUCGCUCCAGGCAGUCGCGGCUCCUCUUCCUGAUCACACAGUCGACGCGUCGAUCGAUUCAGGUCCCCAUCGUCUCGCUCGUGCUCCGUGCCAAGUGGCAACGCAGGUCGCUGCGUCCGAUUCCAGUCAGGGCCCCGCGAAGCAAAGUCACAGGGCUCUCUGUUGGUCGCUCGCUCACCACCCUCCAUAG